GCUGCUCGCAUCUCUCUUUCUUUCCUUCGCUCACUCUGUUCCUCUUCUCCUUAUCCUCCACUGCAAUCAAGGCGGACAAACGCGCAAGAUCACCAACUUUUUCCCAGGAACACUGAGACACUACGGGCCUGACAUUAUCUUGAAAAGAAGUCCUCGCGUACCAUAAUACGCCGUCAUGGACGCCAUAGUCCCUCCCGAAGUCACCGCAGAGUUGACCCAGAUCCUCUCCAACCUGGUCCAGGGAGACAAUCAGCUUCGUUCCAAUGCUGAAAAAGCGGUCAACGAUCGUCUCGCGCAGACGCCAGAACUGUACCUUCUCGCGCUCGCGCAGUUCUCGACGAAUGCAGAUACUAUUGUGAUGAGGUCUUUCUCUCUCGUGCUCCUUCGUCGCCUACUAUUCCGAGCCUCGCCGACGACCCAUCUCUCACUCUAUGACCAUCUGUCAUCGCAAAGCCUCGCCACACUCGAACGCAUCCUACUUCAUUCAUUGCUUCAUGAGCCUUCGCCCGUUGUUCGCCGCAAAACUGUCGACACCGUGGCUGACCUUGCUAAUAAUGCUAUGCAACGAGGUAGACCAUGGCACGCCCUUCAAGCACAGACAUUCACCAUGGUCGAUAACCAUGAUUCAAUAACGCGUGAAGCAGCGUAUCGCAUCCUUUCUCAGUCCCCCAACCUAAUCAUCGACUUGCGCUUGGACGUAGUUCUCAGUACGCUCCAGAAGGGCUUGGAAGACGCGGAGAGCAUCGAAGUUCGCCUAGCUGCAUUGCGCGCUGCAGUUCAGUACCUGUCUACCUUAGACGUAGCUCAGCAAGCACAAGCGCUUUCGCUGCUGUACCCGAUGCUUAACACCCUCCCCAGUCUUCCACAUACACAUCUCCCCGCAUUCCUCUCCGCGCUUACUCCUCUCACAUCGAGCCAUCCCACACUAUUCGAGCCACAUCUCCAUGCACUUCUCUCUUUCCUUCCGCCGCUAAUCGUCCCUGCCGUAGAUGCGGGCCCUACGCCCACCGUCGCGCGCCCGAAUCCUGCUGGAGGCAGCAGCUUCGUGUUCCCGCCGCCUUCACAAAACGGCAACGGGAAGAGUAAGGCGACAGUGGAGGAGCACGAGAGCGACCACGAGGAGGAGGAAGUGCGCAAAGCGGCGCUUGAGUUCAUGGUGAGUCUGACCGAGGCGCGCCCGUCAAUGGUUAAGCGCGUGGAUGGGUGGACCGCAGUGAUGGUCCGGGGAUGCCUGGAGGGCAUGGGCGAGAUACCUGAGGACGAGACUGAUAUCUGGUUGGAGGCGGAUCCCUUGGAGGACCCAACAGACGAUACCUAUCCUCAUGUGUACGAGCAGGCCAUUGAUCGUAUCGCGUGUGCUCUAGGCGGUAAGGCUGCCUUGCCGCCCGCGUUCCAAUACAUCCCUGCCAUGCUAGCGAGCUACGAUUGGAGAUUACGCCAUGCUGGCCUCAUGGCUAUUGCUGCAAUUGCGGAAGGCACCAGUAAAGUAAUGCAACAUGAGCUGGGGAAGGUCAUCGACCUCGUAAUUCCAAUGUUCAAUGAUCAGCAUCCUCGCGUGCGGUAUGCUGCGUGUCAAUGCAUCGGACAAUUGUGCACCGACCUCGAGGAAGUUAUACAAGAGAAGUUCCAUCAGCAAAUCUUUGGCGCGCUUAUACCAACUCUCGAAGCUCGGGAACCUCGGGUCGCUUCGCACGCCGCCGCCGCCUUGAUCAACUUCUGCGAAGGCGUGGAACGCGAGACUUUACUGCCGUACCUAGAUCCGAUUGUCGAACGUCUGCUCAAACUGCUCAACCCUGGCUCUGGCGCACAGCCGCAACGAUAUGUCCAGGAACAAGCAAUUACUACGCUGGCCAUGGUCGCUGAUGCCAGUGAGGCGACGUUCGCGAAGCACUAUUCGGCGAUAAUGCCAUUGCUUUUGAAUGUGCUUCAAAAUGCGAACAGCACCGAGUACGCCAAGUUGAGAGUCAGGGCCAUGGAGUGUGCUGGACUAAUAGCGAUUGCCGUUGGUCGUGACGUUUUCAGGCAAGAUGCUAGCCGAUUCAUCGAGCUGCUGAUGCGUAUUCAAAACAGUCCGGUCGAUCCGAAUGAUACAAUGCUGGGUCAUUAUCUUAUUGCGACGUGGGCGAAGGUCUGUCAAGCAAUGGGUCAGGAAUUUGAGCCCUAUCUACCAGUGGUCAUGCCCCCACUGCUCAUCGCCGCCAGUGCAAAGGCGGAUCUGUCCAUAUAUGAUGAAGACGAGGAACAUGAGGAGCAGGAGGGUUGGGAGACGAUCCGCAUGGAUGGCCAGCAAGUUGGUAUCAAGACGUCAGCGCUCGAAGAGAAAUGCCAGGCGUUCGAAACGUUGGUAAUCUACGUGUCGACGCUUGGCGUUCGCUUUGCACCAUACCUAUCCCAGACUCUGGAACUGGUUCUCCCGUCUCUGCGGUUUUAUUUUCAUGAAGGCGUCCGAGAAGCAUGCGCCAUGUUGAUACCGAUGCUGGUCUCUUGCGGAAAGGCGAGCUCGACAUUGACGGACCAGAUGGUCUCAGCUACGUUCUCGCAGCUUGUGAACUGCAUCGCGAGUGAAACCGACUGCUCCUUCCUCGCGUCGUUAUACAAGUGCUUCACCGAUGGGAUGCGCGCGCUCGGUGGACCAUCAAUGCUUGCCCCACAGAUCCACGACGGCAUUAUGGAGGCAACAAAGCACCAGCUGCAGGGAAUUGCGGACAAACGCAAGGCGCGUGCGGCCCGGCCGGCAUCGGACCUCGCGGAUGAGAAGGACGACCUGAUGUUGCUCGAAGAGAUGGAGGACUUCGCGCUGGAAGACAUGGCAAAGAUGCUGAUAGCGUUCGACUCGAACCAUCAGCUCCUGAUUGCCGUAUCGAGCGUGCGGGAUUUGGGGCUGCAGCUAGGGCAAUGGGAAAGCGAGGACGAGGGUGGUGCGGAGGGAUGAGGACCAGAUGACGGUCCGUGCAAUUAGUAUGAUGUGGGGAAAUAUCAUUGCUUUCUAUCUGCUGUCUGGUCCGUGCUAUUCACUAGAUAUUGUCGCGAUAGAUACAUUUUCGUCAGCGGGA